CAGAUUGCUGCUCAAGCCAAAGCGCGCAGUGCAUCGCAAGAAGCUAGCCCCGAGGAGCAUCAUCUAGCUGAGUUGCUCAAAGACCUGACUCGGGUGGUGGGAGAAACGAUUGAGAGAGGAAAGGCUCUGAUCGCUGAUAUGCCCCAUGCUAAGAAGAAGAUCAAUCCGCUGUGGACUUUGUUGUCCGAGCCCUUGGUUCAGAUCAUCGCCGCGGUGGGACUCUUGCUGAGUGGUGUGCUCGGUCUCGUCGGCAAACUACUCAACGGGCUCGGACUGGGGAAUCUCCUGUCGGGCUUGCUGGGUGGCUUGGGGGUCGACAAGCUGCUGGAAGGGCUGGGCUUGGGAAAGAUAACAGAGGGGCUGGGGCUCGGUGGUAAGAAGUGACUGAUCGGUCAGAGGCCGAAUGAGACUGUUCUGAUCAUGCCAGGCAAACUCCUGACAUGUUCGC